AUGAGUGCGGGGGACUUUUCCCAAUUGGACUGGGCGUUGUUGGAGUUGAACCAGUCCCUGAACGAGAGCGGGCAGGCGGCCGAUCCCGGUGCCCAAGGCUUCCCGUUCCUGUACGCCAUCCCGGCCAUCUACGGGCUCAUCAUCCUGGUGGGACUGGUCGGCAAUGUGACCCUCAUCAAGAUCUUCUGCACUGUGAAGUCCAUGAGGAACGUGCCCAAUAUCUUCAUCACCAGCUUGGCGCUGGGCGACCUGCUGCUGCUAUUGACCUGCGCUCCGGUCGACGCCAGCAAGUACAUCACCACCGAGUGGCUUUUCGGCCGGGUCGGCUGCAAGCUCAUCGCCUUCAUCCAGCUGACCUCGGUCGGGGUGUCGGUCUUCACGCUGACGGCGCUCAGUGCGGACAGAUAUAAAGCUAUAGUCAGACCGAUGGAUAUCCAAACCACCAAUGCUCUGAUGAAAAUCUGCGUGAAAGCUGCAUUCAUCUGGGUGUUUUCAAUGCUGCUGGCUGUCCCCGAUGCUGUGUAUUCCGACCUGCAUUCUUUCAAUAACUCCGACAUCAAUAAAACUUUUAAGGCAUGUGCCCCGUACCCGCAUGGCAAUGAAUUGCAUCCUAAAAUCCACUCCAUGGCGUCCUUCCUGAUUUUCUACGUCAUCCCACUCUUCAUCAUCUCCGUGUACUAUUUCCACAUUGCCAAGAACUUGAUCAGGAGUGCUUACAAUAUUCCAGCAGAGGGCAAUCAGCACAUAUUGAGACAGAUGGAAUCCAGGAAAAGACUUGCAAAGACUGUGCUGGUGUUUGUGGGGUUCUUUGCUAUAAGCUGGCUCCCCAGUCACAUCAUCUACCUGUACCGCUCCUACCAUUACAGGCAGGUGGACACCUCCUUGGCGCACUUGGUUGGCAGCAUUUGUGCCAGGAUUCUGGCCUUCAGCAACUCCUGCAUCAAUCCCUUUGCUCUCUACCUGCUGAGCAAGACCUUCAGAAAACAAUUCAACAACAAUCUACUCUGCUGCAGGAGCCAUCUGCUCAUACGAUCAGCCAGCAUGAGCAAGAGCACCACAGCUUCACGGAUGACAUCCCUCAAGAGCACCAACCACUCAGUGGGAAGUUUCAGCCUAAUCAAUGGGAACUUUGCUCAUCAAGAAGGUUAUGUAUAG